AAAUUAGUGUUUUUUUUUUCUUUCCUCUCACACUGUUGCUCAAAGACGGCCUUUCAACGGAACUCUCUGAACUCUGAUUUAUCUUCUUCUUCUUUGGAUCUUUUCCACUUUCUUUCUAUAUUCAUGGUAAUAAAAUUUACAAUUCCUCUGUUCGGUUGAUAACCAAACCGGUUUGAGAGAGAGAAGGUGAAAUUUUUGGUAGAGAUUUUAUUUUGAUAAGUUUUGUGGGGGAGAUUAGAAAAUGGGAGAUGAAGAUCGGAUAGAACUGAAAUUCAGACUCGCAGAUGGCACCGACAUUGGGCCGAGCAAAUACAGUCAAUACAUGACUGUUGCGUCUCUCAAGGAGAAAAUAAUUGCUCAAUGGCCUAAAGAGAAUGAAAAUGCUCCAAAGUUGAUAAAUGAGAUCAAACUCAUCAAUGGUGGCAAAAUACUGGAGAAUAACAGAACACUUUCUGAAGCAAGAUCACUAGCGAUUGGUGAACUUCCUGGAAUAGUAACUACGAUGCAUGUUGUUCUUCGUCCUCCUACCUUAGGCCAAAAAAACGAGAAACUGCAGAAUGAACCUUCAGUGAAGAACCGUUGUGCAUGCUGCAUUUUGUAACUGUAUUAGAGAUCUUUUUUUAUCUUUUUACAUAAGAUAGGCUAUUUGGAUUCAUUAUGGAACAGCUUUCCAUGGCUUCAACAAUGUAGCUCCGUCUAGAAGUUCCAAGGAUGAUUGGUGGAAUACGCAUGGAAACAUAGAAUCUCCAUUACAUAAUUCAAAUAUCCUCUUAUAUCAUUUUGAUUUUGGAUUUUUUACUUCCUCCUUCAUUGUUUAUUAAAAAAAAUAUCUUAAUAAAAAUGUGGUUGUGGUUCUGAA